UGGAGAAUACUACAGGUUACGUGAUACAAGAAAGGCCACCUAGAUGAAAACACAAGAGUUAAAGAUAGGGACUUCUGCUUGUGUCUAGACUGAAGUUAAGACCUUGAGUACUUACCUAAAGAACCCUUCAAGACCACAGGACCUGAUUAUCUUGAAACAGACUAAUCAACUUCUCUCUUUCUGCCCCCUCCCCUUCCCCUUGACAUCAAGACCACAGAACCUCUCACCCAUACUCACAGAACCUGUUUACCCAGUCCUGCGUCAUGUCCUCCCCCCUGCCUUCUUUCCCCAUGGGAACACAGGAAAAUUAAGACAGUGUAAGAGUAUUUCUAGUGCCUCUGUAGAUCAGGCUGUAGUCAUGCCAGUCUCGAUGGGAGCUAUACCUUCUCACAGCUCUUUAACCAGAACUAAUUCUACUUUCAUCUCCUUGGAACUCUUAAAACACCCUUUCCUAGGAUGUGGAAGUGUGGGAAGGUAAAGGCAGAAAGAAGAACAUAAGGAUGAAAGCUUGCUGUUCGACGGAUGCCCUUAAUCAAAUGGAAGGAUUUGACAGCAUGUUUUCUCAGGGUUAAAAAGAGCCUUCACUCACCGCUUAAAAAUCAGUGAGUAAAGGGCUACAAAAAUGCAUCAUCGUCCAGACUGGUCUACAAGAAGCAAAAGGAUGGCAAUUCUCUUCAGCAUGUAAAGUUGUAUUUUAGCUUUUCACAAUCCUAAAACAAGGUUGGAAAAGAGCAAACACAAUCAUGUUACUAAAUAGGAACCGCAAUGUUUUGUCAUCCACAGCCAUACUGCGGUGUGCUGUGGGCAUGCUACUGAUGAACUAAGAACCUAUAUUUUAAAAAAUGGUUUGUAACAUUGCUACUUUUUGAUAACAAAGAUAAUGUUUUCUGACUGACUAUAUAAUUUUUUUCAAUGAUGGAAGCAAUAAAAUUGACUUACCUUACAUAAGCCAUUAAUUUUUACUUAAUGUAAACAAACCCCUGAAAUGAAAUAAAAAUUCUCACGUCCAAAUAAUGAGCUCUGCCUUUUUAAAGGGGAAAUAUACUAUAAACACUAGACGGAAUGCAAUAAUCCAAGGCAUUUUUACUAUUUUGAGAACUAUGCUUUCUCUACAUUUUUGUCAAUGCGCAUCUUUCAGGAAAAGCAGUUAACCCUGCUUGACAUUACCCAAUGACACUGUGCACCUGUCAACGUGACGUGUCUGUUUCUUUUUAGUUUUGGAAGCAUUGGUUCAUUGCGAUUAAUCUAUCUUCAAAUACCGUACAGUAUGUAUUGAAAUACAUUUGAAUUUUUCACAGAACUUCAAGCAACAGCCCCAGCCCUAUUAAAAAAGACUGUCUUCAGCGAGCUAUACGAAGAAUGCAGCGAUUUUUAUCCAGCUUUGUGACAAACGCUCUACCAAGCUAUCGAAAACUACAUCAAAGCUUCCUGAUGAUCUCUUAAGUAAUAAAAACCAAGUAACAACACCGAGUAGCUGCGUGGGGAAGGAGGAAUACGUACAAGCAACCGCGCCGCGCUGCUUUGCCCCUGCAGCUGCAGUGGAUGGAGCAUAUUAACUUUGGUCCUGGCUGCCGGACACCGCUGCUCCUAGCACGUCUCCCAUACACACCCGCCAAACAAGACACGGCCGAUGCCCAAACGCGGCGCUACCCUACGAGCAGAAAGGGCUCCAAGCGGCCCCGCCGACGCGGCCCGGGCGGGCAGGAGCGUGACGGGACCCGCGGGCUGGCCCGGCCUGCGCGGCCGCUGCGCGGUGCCCGCAGGGGGGCCGUGCGGGACAAGGGCCGUGCGUGCGGCCGCGCCGCCGCCGCCUGCACGGACAGACCCCGACUCGCUCCGCGCAUCUAGGGAGAACGGCUUCCCGCCAGCUCCGCUUCUUCCUGCUCGCCGGUGGCGGCCGGGGCGCUCCCGAGGCUUCCCCGCUCCCCGCCCGCCCCCGCGGCCCCGGGACCGACCGGGAAUCGCUCCUCGCGACGUCCGCACCGCCCACCGCCCGCGUGCGCAGGCGCGCGCGCAGCCCCCGCACACACCUGCCCCCUCCCCCUUCCCCGGCCCCGCCGCCGCGCGACACGAGGGCAGCGCGGAGCGGCGCGAACACGCGCGCCCCGGCGGGGCUGUCCCCGCCCCCGGGGGGCGCACGUGACCCGGCCCCGCCCCCGCCCUGGCGGCGAAGGCGCCGCGACGCGACUUUGUUUGGGAGAGUUCCGUGCGCGCGCUCGUGUUCCCGCGCGGCGGGGCGGGGCCGGGUGGGGCGGGGGCGCACGGGAAGCUGGUUGUCCCCCCGCCGCCGCCGCCGCCCCGGGCUCCCGGAGCGGAAGAGAGGGAGAGAGCGAGGGAGGCACAGCUGCGGCUCCGCCAAGUGGCGCUGCCACCGCCGCCGGGCAGCGGCCGCCCCGCCCCUGGUCCCGCCCCCGGCAUGUCCCACCCCCGUGGGCCCUGCCCCCUCCCCUCCUGCCGCCGCCGCCGCUGCUGCCAGCGCAGCCUGAACUGAAGCGAACUCCGGAGCGAACUGAGGAGAAGUGAGGAGGCGGCGGCGGCGGGGCUGAGACUCACCAAGCCACAGGCGGCGGCAGCAGCAGCAGCAGCAGCGGCGGCAGGAGGGCGGGCGGGCGGGAGGAGGAGAAGGAGGAG